AUGCGAUCGCAACUGGGGAGCUUGGGGCACGGCCUAGCACAAAAGGUGGACCAGCUCGACCGCGAGACCUCGGAGUUCAUGACUACUGCGAUGCAGAAGAUCACCAGAAUAGGUGAGCAGCUCGAGCACAAGGCUCCAAGUGGGCGCCUCGAUCAGCUCGAGGAGCGGCUGAGCAAGGUGCUCCAGGGCAUCGAGCGAAAGGCGGAGGACAUGGCCUUGCGGAGGCUUGAGGAGCAGGUGAUCGUCCUCGGCGAAGGUGUGGAGGGCAAGGCCGAGCGCAACGAGCUCCAGAAGGCCCAAGAGAAGCUGCAGGAGCUGGCGAACGCCAUGGAUCCCAAAGCCGAAAAGUCGGACCUGGAACCGUUGCGGAAGCGCUUGGAGGAGCACCAGGUCACAAAGGUCGACAGCUCCCUAGUUGAGCAGCUCAUGAGCAAGGUCCGAACACUUACGACAUCGAUGACUGAGAAGGCGGAGUUCGCCGAACUGGAGCAAGUCAAACUGCAGGUGAAUGCACUGAAUGGUUCGGCAGCCGAAAGCAAAGAGUCGUCCACGAAGGAGGCCGAGGCUGUACAGGCCAAGUUCAGCGCAAUGACGCGAGCUGUGGGCCGAUGUGUCAGUGCCGAGGAACUUCAGCGGAGCGUGGAGGAC